AUGCAAAGGAUACAUCUACUAUAUCAUCCCCCCUCAAUCAACAUGGAGCAGACCCAACCCUGUCCAUCCCAUCCAGCAAGAUGCCAGCCCCAACCUACCAAGACCCAUCCCACAGCACCAUCCACCACAUCUCCCAAACCCUCUCAGCCUCCGGCAUCGGCUGCAUCCUCUGGAGCGAGCACCUCCUCCGCAGCAACAGACUACAAGUUCAUCGUCGAAGACCACGACCUCAUAACCGCCUACCGCGCCCUCCGCUGGUCCCCAGACUCCAUCUACACACCAUGCCCAGGCACCUACCCCUGCCCGGUCCGCUAUCUCGAAGAGAAAGUCCAAUUCGACCACGACGCCCACCGAAAAGGACCCGGCGGGAGACGCCCUCUCCCGCCUCAUAAGCACAGCUCCCACAUCCACCCCUUCGCCGAACUCCAUCUGCAUAUCCAUAAUAGCUCAAACAGCAACAACCCAUACCCGACUGUGCUAGCCCUCUAUCGCAAAUCGGAUUUCUUCCCGACGCCGCUCGCGGGCGGGGACAUGCCGGAUAUAAAACCCGGGCAUCUAGGUCGAGUUACGAGUCUGGGGCGGCUUAUCUACGCGCAUGAAGUCGGUCCACGACCUACGCCUGCCCGAGGGGGUAGGUUCCCAGACUUCCUAGGUGGCGUGCUUAUCCCGUCCCCGAUGUACCUAGUUGAGAUGCUGAUCGGGCUGGGGUUACGGGAUUGUCGCAUCCCGGGCGCUCGGUCGAUAUGGACCCGGUGGUUGAUGUAUCUCCGGGAAGCGUAUGUAGAGCACGGGCGGGGGCUGGAUAUGUGGGACGAGAAGGCGUUGCUUCCGGAGGUGCUGAGGCCUGUGUGGCGGCAGGCGAGUGAUAGUGAGAUAUCGAGGCUGCAGGAGCCGAUUAUGGGAGUUUGGAGGGAUUUGGCGUGGGCGCUUGCUGGGGUUGAUGUUGAGAGGGCGAAGAGGACGGGGCAUUUGGUGUUUCAGGAUUGGAUGGUUCGUCAGUGGGAUAGAGGGGAGACGGUCAGGACGAGGAGUAUAUCGACGAGGAGUAUAAGUAUGGAUACUUUAGUCAGUCGGGGGUCUGGGGAGUGUUUGGUAGGUUGGUAG